AUAAAUGUCUUCUGCUGUACUGUUGAUCGUGCGCUGCUGCAGGGGACAUUGGGACAAAGUUUAGUUUAGUCAGCAGCAAACAUGGCUGCAUCUGCGAUGUUUCGUCGCUCGAUGCAAAAGUUAUUGGCAAGAAAUUAUUCAUCCAAGGGGCACAAUGUCCUAUCUCAUGGCGACCCCAAAGAGCUUGAGGCUGCCGAAAAAAUGUGGAGAAAUUUAACAAUUUUUGGUGUACCUGUCGCAUUACUUCUUGCUGGAAUAAACUGUUACCUUCUGGAAAAAGAAGAAGAGCAUCAUCCACGUCCAGAAUUUAUUCCAUAUGAGCAUUUGAGAAUUCGCACUAAGAAAUUCCCAUGGGGUGAUGGAAAUCACUCUCUGUUUCACGAUCCUAAACGCAAUCCAUUACCUGAUGGUUAUGAAGAAUAAUGUGAAACUAUUUUAGUAAAAUAAAAAACUAUUCUAUAAAUUGUAAGUGAUUUUAAAGUAUAUUGUACUGUUGUGUUAACAGCAAGGUAAUGUACGAGUGAAAAUAAAGUUGUUUUUUUUCAUUCAAAAA